UGCAACAAAAAAAAUUAAUUAAACAUUAAUUAUUCUUUAUUUAUAAAUAAAAUAACAAACUCAACAAUUAAAAAAAUUAUCUUUUUAUUUUAAUAGUUGGCUUUAGCAAUUUUUUCAUUUAAUUUUUUACUAAUUAAAUUGAUUUUUAAAAAGUUCCAAUGAUCGUUAAGGUGAGUGUCCACACUCCACUAAAAUAUGUGUAGAAAAAAAAAUGGCUGAAAUCAGCUGAAAUAAUAAUAAAAAAAGUGGGAAAACAUACGUCCAUCAAUCAUCAUAAACAACAGUAAACAAUUAUAUUUACUAUCAACAUUUCUCUUAAUUUUUAAUGAUUAAUAUUUUAAUAAUAAGCAACAAUUAUAAAUAAAAUUUAAUCGACAAUUAUUGACACUGUAAAUUAAAAUUUCGUUAAUUAAAUUUCGUAUUCACAAGUUAAUCAAUAUGUCCAGUAUAUUUAAUUUAUUUGGAUCAGUUACUCCAAAAAACCAACAACAAAUAAAAAUUGAUUCAUUUCGAGACUCAACAAAAAGCAUUGGUAAUAAAAUUCAUGAAAAUUUAUCAAACAGUAAAUUACAAGCAAGCAAUGUUGUAGUUAAAAAACAAAAAGGACUGUCUAUUCGUAGUAAAGUUGAUCCAAAUGUUUGUACAACAAAUACCAACAAUGUUCCCAGUAAAAAUAAUCAGUUAACAAAACCAGUGUUUAAAAAAGCUGAAGAAUCAUUACAACAAAUUGCACCAAUAAAAAAGAAAACAUUGUCAAAGGUACCAAUUGGUGAACAAUUUGUAAGUCCAGCACCACGUUCAAAAUCACCACAUGAAAAUACAUCAUCAAGUAUAAAUUUUACAUUUAAAAAGCCAAUUACUCCAACAAAACUUGGCUAUCCAGAACCAGAGUAUCUUAUUGGGCUAAAAAAUUGGACAGAAGAACAAAGAUUUUAUCGACCAAGUUAUGAUGACAUAAUACAAGAAUCAAUGUUUAGCAAGUGUCAAGAUAAACCAAUUGUACCACUUGAUGAUGAUGAUGAUGAUUAUGAAUUUAUUCCAAAAGCUAUAUCAACAUCUGAUUUAUCAUAUCCAACUUAUGAUUUAUUUGAAAAUGAAAAAUUUAAAUUGACUAAUGACAUUGGUGAUAUUGAACCACCUAAAAUGCCUUCAGUCUCUGACUAA